UACCCGUGGACUCUGGUCUGUGAUAGAAACCGAUUGGCGUCAAUGUCCCAAUCAUUAUACAUGUUUGGCUAUGUAUUAGGGGCCGUCAUAUUUGGCUACCUGUCCGAUCGGUACGGGCGACUACCCAUCAUAUGGUGGACAAUAAUCAUCGAAAUAAUAGCCGGAAUCUCGAGUGCAUUAUCUGUGAAUAUAACUCAUUUCAUAAUUUCUCGUAUUAUACUCGCAUUUGCAUCCAAUGGACGGCUAUUAUCGACGUUCAUGUUAGUCAACGAAUGUGUCGGUCCUAAAUACAGGGCCACAUUAGGCAUGUUUAUACAAGUAGGCUGGGCGCUGGGUUAUUGCCUACUGCCGGGCAUCGCAUACCUGUUCCCACACUUCCGGCACAUGAUUUUAGCCACGAGUCUGCCAGAGAUCCUAUGGCUGGUCUGGCUGUUAACCAUACCGGAGUCGCCCCGUUGGCAGAUCACACACCGCCAGUGGGAUAGGGCUGAGCGGGAGCUCACGAAAGCCGUCACCCGUAAUAAACUACCCAUAGAUGACAUCCGCAGCCAAUUUGAGGUCUUAAAGGCUACUGUAGCCGAGGAGGAGUCCAAAGUGGACGCCACCGUUAGGACCAGUUUCGUGGACCUCCUAACGACACCGAACCUCCGGAGGUCGACCCUAAUCCUGUACUUCACGUGGUUUGUCAACUCGUUUGUCUAUUACGGCAUAUCACUAAACAUCGGGGACUUCGGGGGCGACCUAUUCAUCAGCUUUUUCAUCGCCGGUGUCGUCGAGUUUCCCAGUUAUCUGUUCCCAGUCUUCGCGUUCAAAUAUGUCGGCCGACGGCCAGUCACCGCUGCGCUCAUGUACUUCAGUGGACUGUCGUGUUUGGCAAUCAUACCGUUCAUCACAUACCCUGUCAUCUGGUUAAGGGUUACGGUGGCAAUGGUCGGCAAGUUCUUCAUCACCAGCUCUUAU